AGUUCUUUUACCUUGUUUUUGCGUGUGUGAAUCAUUUGCCGGCCUUCCUUUCUAAAUAUUUCCUCAUUUAAAAUUUAAAUUGAUUGAAUAAUUAAGUAAGUUAUUUCAACUUAACGCCGGAUAAAAUGGUUCAACAAGCAAAACCAGCGGCUGCGGGUGGGGUCAAGAGUGGGAACAACAAUGUCUUUAAAGACAAGUCUAAACCUUCCGAAAUUCGUGGGUCAAAUAUCCAAGCAGCAAAAGCUGUGGCGGAUGCCAUCCGGACAAGUCUUGGUCCACGAGGUAUGGACAAAAUGAUUCAGGAUGGGAAGGGCGACGUCACAAUUACUAAUGAUGGGGCUACCAUUUUGAAGCAGAUGAAUGUGAUGCAUCCGGCGGCUAAGAUGUUGGUUGAGUUGUCGAAAGCGCAAGAUACUGAGGCUGGAGACGGAACUACGUCUGUAGUUGUCCUGGCAGGAUCAUUGCUCGAAGCGGCUGAGAAACUUUUGAUGAAGGGUCUCCAUCCCACUGCCAUUGCCGAAGGAUUUCGAGCAGCGGGACAGAAAGCGGUAGAAAUUAUUCGGAAAGAUUUAUCAAUCCCGGUGGACUUGACUGACACCCAAACACUGCAAAAAUGUGCCUCUACCAGUCUGAAUUCCAAAGUUGUAUCUCAGCAAUCAAGUCUACUGGCUCCUAUUGCAGUGGAAGCUGUUUUUCGAGCCACGGAUACAAAUGCUGAAAAUAUCGACUUGAAGGAUAUUCGCGUUACGACUGUUCUUGGAGGCACAGUGGAGGACACAGAACUGAUUGAUGGCCUUCUUAUGCGACAAAAAGUUAGCGUUGGUCCCAAGCGAAUUGAAAAGGCAAAGAUUGCUCUGAUUCAAUUUUGCGUGUCACCUCCCAAGACGGAUAUGGACAUGAAUGUCAUUGUAUCGGACUACGCCCAAAUGGAUCGUGUAUUAAGAGAGGAGCGGAAUUACAUUUUGAACAUCGUCAAGAAGAUUAAGAGCACUGGGUGCACUGUUCUGUUAAUUCAAAAAUCUAUUCUCAGGGAUUCUUUGUCUGAUCUGGCCCAGCACUUUCUGGACAAAGUUAAAAUUAUGACAAUUAACAACAUUGAACGUGAAGAAAUUGAAUUUAUAUGCAAAUCUAUUGGAUGCCGGCCAAUUGCUUCAUUGGACCAUUUUACACCUGAAAAUAUGGCGUCGGCCGAGACUGUUGAGGAAAUCAGCGCUAGCGGAAGUAAACUUGUGAAAAUCUCCGGAAUUGCCACACCUGGAAAGACAGUUUCAAUUAUGGUUCGAGGAAGUAAUAAACUCGUCCUUCAAGAGGCUGAGCGGUCCCUUCACGAUGCCCUUUGCGUUGUUCGGUGCUUGGUAAAAGAAAGGGGAAUUGUUGCCGGAGGCGGAGCUCCAGAAACCGAAUUAUCUGUUCGGUUAGCUCAAUUUGCCAUGAGUUUGACUGGUCCCGAAGCCUAUUGCUUUAGGGCUUUUGCUGAAUCACUGGAGGUAAUUCCACUUACUUUGGCAGAAAAUGCAGGAAUGCCCGCAAUUAACACGGUUACUGAACUCAGGAAGUUGCAUGCUGAAGGCCACAAAGCUGCUGGUUUAAACGUGAAGAAAGGUGCGAUUGCCAACAUUAUGGAGGAAAAUGUUAUCCAGCCCAGUCUGGUCACUAUUUCAGCCAUCAAUUUGGCCACCGAGUUUGUAGCCUCAAUUUUGAAGAUUGAUGACGUUGUGAAUACAGUGCGUUAAUUCUACUAAUGAGAAACAGAAAAAAACCACCCACUUGAUUAAUUCUAAUUUCUAAUUUUAUUCCAAUGCAUCAAUUGUUACAUCAAAAUUGUCACACGACCAUAUUAAUAAUAUAAGGCCAUGCAAUUUAGCUAAGUAUUAAUCCCCAUACAUAUUUCACACUUUGUUGUCAUACUCGUAUACCGGUUUUGUAAGAAAAAGUAGACACCUUCACUCUCUAAUAUUAAUCUCGGUUGAUGUUUUUCACAUUAAGAAUAAUUUUGAAAUAAUAAACUUGAAACUAACUUACUUAAA